GGCUACAAAUUCAACAGAUCGUGAAGCAGGCAAGCGAUCGAUGAGCAAGAAAAGCUCUGAGCGGAGACAGGAGUACAUUUCGAUCUCACAUUGGCUUAUGUCUCUUUUAUCUUCGUGAGACCGUAUGUUUAUUUUAAUCAGGGAAGUAUUCCCGGUUUAUCAUUCUUGUGGGACCGAACUUCUCUAUAUUUCUUUCCUUCGACUGCAUCAUCGUUGCAAAGUUGGUGAUUUGGAAUAUUAGUAAUUGCUUGGUUCCGUUCCUGAAGUCGUUUGAGGGGUGAUAUCUCCUUGGUCUUCUUGUCGUGUAGCAUCGGAGAACACCCGGGGACAUCAUGGGAGGAUGUAUGAGUCGAGAUCAAGGGAUGGGGGGGUACAGGUCAAAGUUCAGGAGAGAUGCGCUGAAGGCCCACAAUAAGUAUCGUGCGCAGCACGGCGCUCCUGCACUCAAACUGGACGGUAGAAUGAACAAGUACGCGCAGGACUGGGCGGAUAAAUGCGCAAAGAAGGCUCAAUUAUCACACAGAACUGAGCACAAGUACGGAGAGAACAUUCAUUACGCUUACGACUCAACUGGAAUUGAAAGCAUAACAGGUGAAAAGGCAAGCAAAGCAUUCUAUGACGAGAUUCAACGAUAUAACUUUGGUAACGCUGGUUUCUCAUCGGGAACAGGUCAUUUCACUCAACUCGUUUGGAAGAAAAGUCGACGUCUCGGUAUAGGAGUCGCUGUCAAUCCUAAGAAUAAAAACCAAGUCUUUUCAGUCUUCAACUAUGACCCGCCAGGCAAUGUUCAAGGAGACUACAAAGAUAACGUGCUUCAAAAGAAACGAUAGAGGGCAGCAAACGCGUUUUAUUUUUUGUUUGCUGGAAACUACCACCUUGCAUCAUACGAACAUGGAAUAUUUUUCAAGUUCCACU